UGUAUUCUGAGUGCAGUUGGUGAAAGGAAAUAUUCGGGGCGAGUGUGAUAAAAAAUAGGACAAGAAAAAUAUUUUUGUGCUUUAACUUAAAAUUUAAGAACACUGAUUAAUUGAUAAUAUAUCUAAAAUAUUUUAAAAUUCAAGUAGAUUGUAUAAGGUGUGCGAUAAUGUUUGCUUUUACUGUGCUUGUAUUCAAUUUCAUUCAAGGUGUAAUUUCAGCCAAUGCAGCCAUUCCUGGUGGCCAUUGUCGUGAUUACAAUGGAAAAAUGUACGAAACGGGGAUGCAUUUUAUGCCCGGGCCAGAUACAUGCCGCCUCUGUGUGUGUGAAAACGGUCUACCGAAGGCUUGUAAAAUGGUAUUAUGUGAAGCAUUUAGCAAAUGCAAAUCUUUUCAAGUUGGCAAUGGCAACAGUUGCUGCGAGGUGAUCUGUCUUGAUGAUCAAUUCACUGAUGGCAGUACUGAUUUCGGUAUUUGACUGGUGGCCAGUGGCAUUACUGCCACACUUUCUUUAUCGUUGCUCUUCUUUCUGGUAAAUCGUCUGAGACAGCGUAAGAUACGUGCACGCGAAAGUCGACAGAAUGUCGAGGAUCAGCGCAGUAUUGUUGGUAGUAUAGGUUAUAUUGCCGGUAAUAUGGGUUACAUGGAAGGUAACAUGAGCGGCAUGGAUUAUUCCUAUGGUGGUGGCGCUUCACACUAUCCACUAUGGAAACCAGCGGGUGCUUACUUUCCACGUGGGGAGGCGCCACCUCCUUACGAAGAGGCUGUCGCCAUAUCGCAAGCAGAAGCCUUAAGCGCCCAGUGCACCGUUAGUGUGGCCACGACAGCGCACCGAGCUAUGGGCCUUAAUGCUACGGUUACACCGGUCGAAUUAAGUGCCGAAAUGCGUCGCAACAUGCAACAACAGCAACAACAAACUUUAGUGCAGCAACAUGCGAUACAUAUGCAUCAACCAACGUCAUCACACAGUGGUAGUGGUGGAAACUGUACUACUUCGCUUGCCGGAAUGCCUAACACGACGCAAGCAUUGCAUCAUGUCGGUGCGUUGACGUCUACGGCACAACCGCAACUGCAACAUCAUCAACAGUCUCACAACCAAAUAACGCAAAGCACCACCAACCUAAUUAACAUCAAUAUCAAUAGUGGCGGCAAUGUGACCACAAUUGCUACGGGUGAAAAUCAUCAACCGCCAUAUAGUUUGCAACACGAAAGUGGCGGCAAUGUUUUACAGGAACCACUUAGUCAUCAAUCGUUACAACAGCAGCCACAAUUAAUGAAUACAACUCACAUAGGCAAUAGUAGUGGGGGCCGUCUCCACCUGACUGCCGCAACGCCCAGCAAUUCAAUUUGUGUACAGACCCUCUCAAAUGGAGCGGGUGCUCAUCAGCCACUCAGUCAAUCAACGCAAAUGAUGGGAAUAAACAAAUCUCUCCACCUGCAGCAACAGCAGCAACAUCACCACCAACUUACUGCUGCUAACGUCGCUUGCCAAGCUUUGCAGCAGACAAUGUCAUCUUCAAUUGGUUCUACGUCGAAUAGUAACGAGUGUAGCUAUAAAAAUUGUCAUCUGAAUAUCAGCGCCAGCACUGCAUUGGCUUCGUCGUCGACUGUGGGCGGAUCACAGCAGCGUCGCUCCCAACGUACACUGCCAGUCACGCAAGAUAUGCUGCAACACUUUGUUACAGUUGCUGAUGUGGAAAUUAGCGGUAACACCGUUGGGUAUCACUCAUUGCCGAAUGGUAGCGGUGUCGGCGGGGGUGACCGUGAAAUGGAACUGCUCAGUGUUGCUACGGUACCCGCGUCAACGCAAUAUACUGGAUCUCAAAUGACGGGGGCAAUUUCCACACCCAGUAUGGAUGUGUUGCCACUGAUGACCGGAGAAAUCGCUACAAUUUCCAAUAACACCAGCGAUUCAGUCACACAAACAGCAAUAAGCGCAGUCUCUGGAUCACAUACACUGCCGACAAAUGCGCACACACAAACAUUGAAAAGUGGUAACAACAGCACCAAUAAUAGUAGUAACCAAAACAGCAAAACACCCUCAUCCUCACGCCGUUAUCAUCGUACUAUACCACGAUAUUUUGCUCUUACCGAUCCGCUGAGUGACAAAGAAGCCUAUGGCAUAAAUAAAAGCAAAUCAGAAAACAGCUCACGUGGUGGAGCGAGCAGUACUGUGUCUGCUGUAACUUCUGCCAAAAAACCCACCUGUCAGUGCCCAGUUCAGCACGUGCCCAUGUCAUAUAUGGCAGCCACGCAACUGAGUAAUGUCGCACAAUGUCCCAAUAACAGUGCUCUUCUUUCGGCCCUAAGCAGCAAAUUGAGCGCAGCUUGCCAAUCAUCAGCGGCAUCUCAAACAUCGUCAGCAUUAUCAACUCUAGUUACAUCACAUGGCAGCAGCAGUAACGGGCGUUCCAACACUGUUACUACAUUGGGUUAUCCGCAACGAGUCAAAUCCUCUAAUAGUCUUCAACAAUCGUCAACGAACGACGUCAACAGUUUCGGUGUGGGCAGCACCUUAAAGCGCACAAUGCAUACCACUAGCACCAGCACUAAUACGUCAACGCUCACCAAUAAUAACAAUAGCAACAUUAAUGCUACAUCCGUUUGCAGUUAUGACACGAAAAUUGCUACAAUUUCUAAGCAAGUCGGUGAUAGCUCAGCUGCAGAUCUAGGAACAGCCAUAAGUAGUCAUCAUCAUCAUGCUGCCCACCAUUCCCACCAUACUCAUCAUGCACACAGUGUGGUUGUGUUACCUUCACAGACCCACGACGAGAGUAUGCCUAUAGUUUUGGGGCGUGUACAUAAACGAUCCAGUGGUGAACGAGAGCGCGACCGUGAACGAGCACGCAGUGCUAGUAGUGGGCGUGCCAGCAGCAAUAGUAGCGCACACCAGUUGGAGAAUAGCGCUGCUACAAUUUACUUGAACAGAAAGGGCGACGCAUACUUGAAUUUUCCCCAUCCACAAAAUUUCAGCAAUCGCAAUUCGCAACAGCAGCAGCAGCAGCAGAAUUACCACCAACAACAACAAACCAACGAAACAAAUCCAAUAUUACCACCGAAACUACACAAAUCUCUAACGAAUUUAAAAUCUACAACAAACAACAAUCAUAGUAUAACGACCACAGCAACAGAGAUUUCAUGUGCUGCUGUUACUACACCCAACCCCACCACCACUGCCACCACCUGCUCGAGUUACACAACCGUGCAAACGGUAUACACUCUCAGCAAACCAUCCACAUCAACCGCAGCACAUGUGAGCCGUAAGGAGCACCAAACUAUCCAUGAACCAAUAAAUGGCAACGGCGGCACCAGCAGUUGCAGUAAGAAUUCGCCACCUUCGCUCACUCUGCCCCUUUCGCCGGGGUUAGCAAACAAUUUUGGAGGUGUGAGUACCAGUACUGGUAGUGGUUGCGGAAGUAGUUCUGGCAACAUUACUGUAGGUUCGCAAACACAUUCUUCUGAAAAGUCAAGUAAAAUCAAUUCAAGCACAUUUUAUCCACUGCAAAAUAAUCAUGUGACAUACACACUGCCAAAAUAUAUAAGCGGCAAAGUAUCGUUGAAUAGCACCAUUGCCAGUGUGGUUAGCAAGGUGCCUUCAGUGAUCAGCAUACCAGUUAGUGGCGGCGAAGUCGAUUUAUUUGAGAAUAACAACAGCUGUGUAUACGCCUUAAGUCACAGCAAUUCAACAAACAGCAAACACGAACCCACAGCAAUGUCUACGUCGAAGAGUAGCAGUGCAAACGGCCGUAGCACAACAUUGCCAAAGAUUUUGCGUGCCAAAAAACAGCAAGACGUUAAUGCUACCAAUAAUUGUAAUAGCAAUAUUGGCAGCAGCACCAUAAAACAUAGUACAGCUUCUGGAAUGACAACAGCAGUUGCGUCGAUAUCGUCGGUAUCUCAAUGCAAUAUGCCCGUCUAUCCCCAACAGUCCACUAGUUCACAUGUCAAAACAACCGCAACGGCUAAUGCAACAACGCAAUUCAAUUCCAUCAUAUCUGAUGGUGAUGUUCUGUCUUCUGCCAAACAUUUACCAGUCUGUACCACUUCGAAGAAUUGCCAAAAUCCAAAGGAGCAUUUUUUGCCAAACGACACUAGUUUGGAUGAUGAUUACUUAAGCGAGUGUGAGAAUUGUAAAAUUGCGCAGAGUGCCAAAUAUUAUUUAAAUGCUGAAGAAGUGGGUGCAAUACCACAAGAGACAAUGACCCUACAGCGCAAAUCGAUGGACGACAACAAAGAGGAGCAGGAGCAGUCGUAUUAUCGAAUUUCGCACACGCUACCAACGAACCCCAAGAAGAAUGCUCCAGUCAAAAAUAACAAUCGUGAACCAUGGUUUUCUACAAUCCCAGCUAGCUCGUCAUCCGAAGAGGAUGUCAAUGAAUGAGAUUUAACACAUUUUCUUUAAAUAAAGAAUUACCAAAACCCACACGCACCAGAAAAUACAUAUACGCACACACAAAUGCAUGUACUUAAAUGCGAAAGCAUAGGAAUAAGGAAAACAGCUUUUAGAUUUGGCAAAUCAAAAAGUUGAAGUAUGUAAACGACAGUACGAACAUUAAAUGUAAUAUCUGCACAGCGGGUAAAUCUAAGUAAGUAUUCAAAUAAUACACACAUGUAUAGAAUACACAGUAUCUUUGAAAUGUAUUGGAAGUAAAAUUAAAAUAACUUUACAGUAGAUACUUACACAAUUACAAGUAAAAAAAAGUCAAAAUCUCUUGAAAAUACCGUAAUAAAAACUCUCUUGGAGUAUUUCAUAAAAGAAAUAGAUACAGGAAAGAAUAUGUUGUUAAAUCUUCUUUUUUACUCUUCGCACGUUUCAUCAGUAUGUUGCAAAAUAAGGCUAAAUGAAAAAACCUAAAGCAAGCCUUUCGACAUAACGUAUAUAAUAAGUUAAAAUGUUAUUAUAGAAAACACAAUAUACAAUUAAGAGAUACCAAAAAUUUAAUGUAUUCUUAUGUAUAGAAAAAAACGUUCAUUAAUUGUGCGCUUCAAUUAACUAACAAUUAAGACAGGAAAAUAGUUUUCGUUGAGCAGAUAUUCAUACAAUAAGCUAAGCCAAAUCUGCUUGUAUUCAAUAUUACAUGUAUAAAUUUAAAAAAUACAAAAAAAAAUUAGCAUAUAAUUAUGUUCCGAUACGAUAGGAAAACAUUUGGGGAUGAUCACAUUGCUAGCGGUACACAUUUCAAUGGAAACGAAAUUCGCAUAAUUAUUUAUAGAUACAUAUAUAGAUUUAAAUGACACAAGAAAACUUCAAUCCAACUACCUACAGAUUUUAUUUUGUUGAAUGAACAAAGAGCGAUGCUUUUUAUUUUCCAACAAUUGUUUCUUACAGGGAAGACAAAAUUAAAAAAUAAACGAUAAAUCAUAAAUGUACGCGAUCAGUGCUUAAAAAUGGAAGCAGUAACGUGAAUAUUCUUUCUAAAGUCAAAUUUUACAUUAUUGCUUGAGAAAGCCAAAGGAAAGCAGUGUACGUGAAUGCCAAAAAAAGUAUAAAUUAGCAAAUGUAUAUUGCUUAAAACUUGCCAUUUGGAAGCAUUAAAAAUGUGAUACUUCCGGCUGGCGCAAUUAGUUUUAGAUAUUAUCAGCUGACACUUUACAGUGAUGCCUUAACCUUGGGAGCAUUUCGCUCUGAUUUUUUGGUGCGAUGAAUCCGAAUAUAGUAUAUUUAUGACAGUUUUCAUUAGAGAAAACAUCACAAAAUUACCAAAAACUGUAAAUAUAUUUGAAUUUGAAAGUGAUUCCAAAUAUGUUGAAAAUAUACUUUUUUUUUUAUAAAUACACGUUACAAACAAACUUUUCAUGCUGCUACAACCAUGUAAAUAUUACGUAAACGAUCUUUGACCUGAUUAUCUCUCUUUCAACAUUAAUUUUUGUUCUUUGAAUCGUAUUACUUUUGUGAAUGCCACAUGCUGAUCCAUGUUUCCAGUACCAGGGUCAAUCCAUUACUGACCCUCCUUCAAGACUGAAUGUUGGUGGCCACUUUAUUUAGUGUCCACGUGUCCUCCAAAUAUAUAUGAUUGUCUACUUGAUCUAAAAAUGAAACUCAUUUCUACACUCUAUUUACAAUUAAAUAUCAAAAUGUGUGAAUAUCCUUGGUCAAGUGAAGAGAAGGAAACAAACAAUGCUGACAGACUUCUUUCUUUAAGACACAGCUGAUAUUUUGCCAUUAUCUACAUAAUUAAAGUUCUAUUUAAAUGUCUCUAUAAUAAUACAAGGCACUUUUUUUAAGUAGCCCACCUAGUGUGAAAUCUCGAAGUUUUUAUUUUUUCCUUAUUUCGAUUUCUCAGAUCGAAUCGUUGUUUUUGCUUAUUUUGUAUUCAAAGUCCUUGCAGUUUUCCAAUUGUUCGACGCAAGUCAAGACAGCGAAUAUUCAAUCUGAGUUAAAACCGUUUAGUGUGAAUAAUUCUUCAUCUGCCGACCAAAUGUUGUUGUACUAUCACCAGAAAUCACCGUUCCCCAUUGAUCUAAUGGUGAUAGUUUUUCCGCAAAAAUAAAUGACCAUUUGUACGAAAACGGUACGCAGAUAGUCGUAUUGUUCACUUCUGAUGCAAACGUUAUUUGUACGAAAAAUCUAGGUCUAUAAGACUUAUGUAUUAUGCAUUCUAAGUAAAUUCUAUUUUCUUUCCUCUUUUUUAACAUUUACAAAUGUAAACAUUUAAUACUUAAACAUCUAACCUCUUGAACCCAGUUUCAAUUACUUACCUGUCUUUCGGUAACGUGUCAUUACUUUCAUGCCCACAAAACCAUUCCUCGUCUCUAAAAAAAUGUCAACAGAAAGAGCCUGUCAUUUUAUUAUUUCAUAAAAUGAUUUGUUCCGUAUGUUAUCGAAAUAAAGUCAUAUGAUAAUUAGAAUUAUCCUAUAUUUUAUCCUUAUAAACAUGUCGAAGAGAUAUGCCAAUAUAUUCGUAAAAAUAAAGAUUUUUACAGGGAUGUAAAUAAAACUUGUCAAUCCUAUUAAAAAUAAUGAACUUACCAUACUUUUAUAGUUCAAAUACUGAUAACGCUGACGUAUCUAACUACAAUAAAUCUUCUUUCAAAGUCGGUCCUUUAAUGUCUAUUGUAAUCAAUUACAUUUAUAUAUUGUGCUUUGAAAAAAAAAACAGUAAACUAUAUUAGUUUAAAAUACUGCUUGAAUAGCCAUUAAAACUGUAUUGUAGGGCUAAGAUGUGUGAUAUAUGACUGAUAGUCUUAACUUAGCACUGCAUUUAUCUGCAUAUACUCAGUGUUUAAGUCAAUUAAAAGUUAUCUUGAACUAAGUACAUUAUUUAUCAUUUAACAUUUAUACUAACUUGCUUGUCCCAUAUACGGAAUUUGGAUGGAGCCUCCCUGUUAAUUAUUUUUGACAACGUAUCGGCGAUGGUAUUAACAACUUAACCGAACGUUAUGGUAUAUACAUAUCUGUUUUCCAAUCCAUACCAUAAAGCGGAACAUGAAACUUGCUUGGCUUGCAUCUGGAAAGUUAUGAAAGCUCCAAGUAAAGUAGCAUAACAUAACAUUUAUGUUUCUUGACAUCUUUACAUUUAAACUAUAAACUUUAGUUACUAGGCUAGCAAUAGCAAUUUUUUUGUUAAUUAUUCGAUUUCAAUUUCAUUAUCGCUUACUCUUAAAGUAAAACAUCGAAUAAAAAGUCUAAUUUAGGUAGGUGUAUGGUAUAUGUUUUUUCAUAAUAGCCUGAGCGUAAGACUUCUACUAAAUAGGUAGAAACGAACAGUGCGGAUAGAAAAAACUUCUUUUUUGCUGAAAGCGGAAAUUUUGAAUUUAAAUUUUAAGAAUGCAUCAGCCAUCUUUCAUGGACUGAUGGUCGCAGUUUUCGCUUUUUACUUGUAUAUAAGAUUAAAAGUCCUUGUUUAUUUUUUUCUAAUUCUUUUUUUGCAGUCACCUUUUAUUAUUUUAAAAUGGUGUCCUUUCUUUACAUAAAUAUUUUUCUCCUACUGAAAUGGGACGGUCAAAAAGAGAAAAUAUCAGAUUUAAAUGACUAAGAAGCUUUUUCGAAAAAGUUUGUGAGUGAAUCGCUCACGUUAAGUGUUUAAUUUGAUAAGAUAAAUGAAGAGUAUCCAUGCUUAAUGACCGCCCUUACUCUACAUAUACAUAUGGAAGUUUUGGGUAUAAGUCAAAUGACUAUAGUUCCAAUUCUAUCUAAACAUAUUAAAUAUAAAAAAUAAUUAAGUGCCAAUAAAAUAAUCCAAACAAUGUUCCCACUUACAGAAUGAUUACAAUAAAAUGUUCAAACUUUUUCCAUACCUUGCAACUUACCGCAAUUUGCAUCAAUAAAAUAUCCAUCUAAAAUGGUUACAUAUCCUUCUCCAACAAGAAAAAUAUUUUUGCUGAACUGUUUGCUUUGGACACGCUUGCAACAGUACCAUAUGAAACGCAUCUUGUGAAUAGAUUAUCACAGAUCAUCUCCACAAUGGAUUUUUUUCUCGCGAAUACUCACCCCUGAAUCACCGUUGAAACCUUUGUUUAGUUUUAGUAUAAAGAAGUUUAUGUUUUUAUUUAAAUGUGUGAUCGAAAGCGAUUAAUAAUGAAAAUCCAGUCCAUGGAACCCUAGCAAACGCACAAGAGCCGCAAUUAUAUAUUGUACUCCUCCGUGUAUGCCAAAACAGCAAUUUAUUAGAAGAGAGCAUCGCAGAAUAGCUCUAGCAUUAAAGUCAAAUUUGUUCUUGCUAAUCUCCAAUCCAAUCGUUUCUUUGUUUUUGUGCUUUAUUUAGUUACCGUUCUCUUAGGAAGAGCGAUAAAAUCGUAGCUGAUGAGUUGUAGGUUGGUUUUGCUUAUCCUCUCCUUUUGAUGCACUAUUUAAGUUUGUAUCUUUGUGAUUGCAGUGCCAGUUGGGUUAUAGCUUUGCCACUGUUGCUGUUCUUGUCUUAUCUUGCACAAAUUAGACAAGGUGUUCUCGGCAUUUCCCAAGCAAACGCAAUGGGGUAGAAUUCGAGUUAUUACUAGGGCACAUAAAUAUUAACAUGACAAGUGUCUCAAAUAAAGAUACAUAACCUAAUAUUCGCGAUUUCGAUUUUUACUGGAGACCCAUGGAAGUCAUGUCUAAAAACCGAUCUUCUGAAUGUAUAGCAUGACAAUACAAAUACUUCCUGCCCUUUUCCAAUGGCGAAUGCGAGUUCUAUCUGAAUCCAGUCGUCAGAUUCAGAGCGCAAACUGAUUUCUUGAUUUCCAAGUUGCAGACCUUAAAAAAACGAGAUUUCGUAAUUUUUUAUUUGAGGUAUUGUCGAUACUAUUUAUUCGGCAGCUCAAAAGUUAAAGAAUAUGAUAUAAGGUGGCUAUUUCAAAUAUUAAUAAAAUACAUUUUGCUUUGGGCAGCAUGGGCGGUAUUAAAUUUUUGGGAGUCUAACUCAAGUUGUUUGUGCCGUAAAUAACGAAUAUUGUCAAUGUAAAAGGACUGUCAGCACUUUAUAGUUUUAUAAAAUAUCUAUUAUUAAUAUUUUUUUUUGUUUUAAAUAACACAUUGGAACGAAUUAAUAGUACGACGUAGCAGUGUCAUUAUUGAAAAAAUCUUCAUUAUUGCCUGGCAUUCACAAGUACAUACACAUGUGGUCACUAAAAUAGGUACCACCAAUUUUGUUGCUAAAUAAGGGAUUUUUUUUUUAACAAUUAGGAGGUUUUAUUUUUUUUUUUGAUAAAUUAAAAAAAUUCAUUAAUUUCAUCCUACGGCAGGUUGCGUCAAAGAUUUAAAAUGGCGUUCAGGGCAGGCGAUUGGCUGGCCAAUUCAUAAAGUUAAUGUUGUUUUGACGAAACCAAUCCUUUACUAGCUUUGAUUAGUCGUUAUCUUGUAUAAACCUUUCUGGCAAUUUGUGGAUACCAUGCAAAUAGAAAUGUUCGUCUUUGAAGCAAACCAAUCAGACGCCUAUGAUUUUCUUUCGUGUCUUUGAAUCACAAUUUCACAAGAGUUUCUUCGGUUUUCCGUUGGUCUUGCAUUCAAAUCAUGUGGCACUCAUUUGCAACACUUUUAGAUCUUUCCCAUAGCUUUCAAACGGUCUGAAAUUGUUUGUUGUGUUAUAUUUAACAUGGCUGCCAUUUGUUUUUGACUCAAAGUAUCAUCUUCAUCCAAUAUUGCUUGUAGUUCGGCGUCUUCAAACUUUUUUGGUGGUCUUCCACGUUGUUCAUUUCUCACAUCAAAAUCAUAAUCUGUAAACUCGCUGAUAUUACGUUGUUUAUUUCUGCUACAAUCGCCUUUGAUGACUUAAAGCGCAAGAGCCGCAAAUAAAUUGUCGGUAGUAGAAGAGGUUUUUUUAAUGCCACUACGUCGAUCUUGUAAUUUUUGGCGCUUCAGGGCAAUCACAACCAAAAUUUUCGACCUUCCCAGUAAUUUAACAAUCUAUUUGCAUGUUUUUUUUUGUUUUGCCUGUGAAGGUUAAGAACAAGUGUUUGUUCCUCAGCUGUACAGUGUCGCGCACGUCCCAUCCAUUAAGACAUUAAUAUUAAUUUUUCUUAAUUACAUUAUUUCCAAAUUGACAAUUUACGUUAGGUUCAGCAUAGCAAUGAAUUCAAUAAAACGAAGGUACCAAUUUUAGAGACCACAUGUGUACGUAUGUAUGUACAUAUAUACACAAUAGUAGGAGCGCAAAGAAACAAAUAAUGCAAGUAUAUUCUUUAAGUGCUUAUGGUAGUUUAAAAUGUAUUUGUUAAUGUGGAAAUUUUGAAAUUAUUUUCAAAACUAAUGCGAACGAACAAAUUUUCCUUAGAAGUAUUUUAGUAAAGAAUAGUUUUAGACACGUACUUCAAAGAACUGUAUAUGGUAUUACUUAUAAAUUAUGGUAAGCUAGUGAUCGAAAGUAUGUUUCAGCAACCAGUAUUAAGCGGAAAAAUAUUAAAACCAAAUAUAGACAAAAUGUGUGUAUACAACUCGUAAAAAUCGCAAAUAAAUGGAUUGUUUUCAAAUUUUAGAAAGAAGUCACAAAUUAUCGUUAUAUAGUAUAUUUAAAAUUUAAUAUAUACAUUAAUUGCAAUCAAGCAAAUUAAGCAGUAUAGCAGUAUAGGAAUGUACCAAAGUCUUAAAAUAAACAUAAGAAAAUGUUAAAUUAGAAAGCAGAAUUAUGAAAAUUGAAGCAAAACGAAAAAGUUUCGAGAAAAAUAUAAAUCGAAUUGGAUUUAGAUGUAAGAAUGUAAAAGAACUACCAUAAUAUGUAACAUAAAAUAAUAAAUAAAUAAAUUGAAAAAAU